GGUUAGAUUUGGACAGUUAAACAUCCUUAGAAUCAUUUUGGACCAAACUUAGGUUUUCAGAAUUGUUUCUGCAAUUUCAUAAUGUUUGCAUAUUUAUCAAAACACUAUAUCCUAUACUUGCGAUCAUUGUUGUUGGAAUAUAAAGCCACCUUUCAGUGUUUUUUGUGGUAUUGAACAUAAGGAAUUGGAUUGCUAGUGGAAGAAUAGGUGAGAAUGUUCGAAGUGGGAGUAUCCCAAUCCCAAAGUUGUAGACUAUCACCCAAGAGAUAUGUUGAACUUUGUAAAAAUCCUGUCCUCCACCACCACCAUUUUCUGCCCCAAGCCUGUUUUUGAAUGCCUCGGGCAUGUUUAUAAUGUCCAGUUUCUGGAGGAACGAGAUCAGAUAGAGGCAUCGCGAUCGAAGGGGAUGGAGGAUUCACCAGAGCAGGUGACACUGUUGGAGGGGACGGAAGCGGAGGACGAUUGCUCUACUGUUGGUGACGGCGUUGGAGGAGUUUCGCUGUUGGAGAUGACAUAG